CACACUUGGUGUGUUCGGCCUUUCGCCUCGCCGACAGUGAAAGCGGGUGCAAGUGUUUGGGAUUUUCGGUCCGUUUUUUGCCGAGAUGGACGCAUUAAAAGAGCAAGCCAUGAUAAAUCAGUUUGUUAUGGUUGCUGGGUGCGCCAGAGAGCAGGCAAAACAACUUCUACAGGCCGCACAUUGGCAGUUUGAGACUGCUUUAAGUCUGUUUUUUCAAGAAGUCGCGAUUCCGUCGCAUAAUCAACACAAUCCGCUUGUAACGCCGGCAAAUACGCCGGCCACACCUCCAAACUUUCCUGAUGCUUUGGCAGCUUUCGCAAAACUUCAAGCCUCCGAUACAAGCCCCAAGACACAAACUUUAAACGCAAAUCAUCAACCAGUGAGAUGAUUUCGUAGCAGCGUGUUGUUGUCAGUUUGCACUAUCCAUUUCUAUUUGUAUAAUUCCGCCGUAUCUUUCUUCAACGCAGCAUUACUGGUACCUUUUUUGUAAUAGUACGUUAAAGGAACAGAACUAGAAGAUAUACUACGUACAGUAAGCUACUAGCCAAGAUAUGAAGAAAGACGAGGGAAAAUGUGUGGGGAAAGCGCGUGGACAGUGAAGGUUACCCGGCGUUAUAUUGGAGAAAACUGUUUAAAUGGAAAUAUUUUGUUGAUGUUCAUAAGCAAAUCGGUGAGACUCUGGAGAAAGUCGUCUCCAAGCUAAAAAUACUGUGGUUCUCGAAGAACUUAGCGAAAGACUUAAACUUCGAAUAAUUUGGGGAUGUUGACAAUCACCAUGUUGAUGAACGAAAGCGUAGUGGAAUAGUAUUAUAGACAGGUCGCCUUGCGAAACUGGCGUGCAUUCUUUUGAGCCAAUGUAUAAUUUAUGAGAUGUCGAAAGCGAAAUACCAAACUGUUAUUACUGCAAACUUUCUUCGAUUUUCAAAUGAGUUUUGAAAAUUUGUGUUACAAAUUUGACGAGGUUCUGAUCAAGAUCAAAUGUUAAAGACUGAUAUUAAAAAUUUUUGUGGGCAGUGUCUAAA